AUGGCUUAUACAUGGCAAAAUGUUCCUCUCCCGUUCUGUGUUUCACUUCUACUAAUAACUGCAGCUGCUCAUAAGAACACUCCUCUGACUUUGGCCGGAAUGGCCGUUGAGCGUUACAUUGCCAUCUGCAAACCACUGCAUCACCAUCAGAUCUGCACAGUGCACAGGACGUACAUCCUCAUCUCUCUGAUUUGGGGUGUAGGAGUUAUACCUGGACUGGCUGACUUGAUUCUCCUUUCAACUCUUCGUCCUUUAUCUGUUUUUUCAACAGCUGCUUCGUGUAGUUCAUCAAUUCUGUAUACCACGCCAUACCAUGAAAUGCAGACCAGAUUUAUGAAUGGCCUUUACUCAUCUGUUGUGUGGGUAGUUCUUUUAUUCACUUAUUUUCAAGUGCUGCUUACAGCCAGAAGGGCCUCCGCUGAUAAAUCCUCAGCAAAAAAGGUCCAAAGCACCAUCCUGUUACAUGGAGCACAGCUUCUGCUCUGUAUGUUGUCUUACAUUACUGCUGUCAUAGACAAGAUGUUUGUCCCACUUAUACCAGUUGAUCGGGCCAGACUAACCUUUUUAAAUUAUCUUUUAACAAACAUAAUACCACGGUUACUAAGUCCUUUGAUAUAUGGGGUCCGAGACCAGAAGUUUGUGAAACAAAUGAAGGAAUGCUUUACUUGUAAUGUUGUUAUUGUAAAGAUAGUACCAUCAUAA